UAGCAAAACGCAUUACCAUUCGUUUAAGAUCUAAUAAGAAUGGUAAAAAGAUGCUUUUGCAAAAAAGAAGAAGAUUCUUUUCCAGUGAACGCUCUUGAAAGCUUGUGGAGUGGAGCACAAUGAAAAAGGUAUAGAGGUAGGAUUAAAGACGAAAACAUCUUGGCUGGAUAAAUAAGGCUGGUCAUCAUGGGCUCAGGAGCACUGAAUGAUAGUUAAUGGUAGAAGAGUUAUAGCUAGAGUGGGCAUAUCAAAGUAAAAACCAGAAAAUUGUGGGGCGUGUUAGAUAGAGAAAUGAAGGGUACAGUCGCAAUGGUGGCGGUUCAGUUUAUGUUCGCAGGAAUGUUCAUCUUGUUUAAGGUAACGGCCAAUGAUGGUACGAACCUCAAAAUCCUUGUGGCUUAUCGUCUCUCCUUCGCUACUCUUUUCAUGUUUCCUCUCGCUCUCAUCUUCCAAAGGAAGAAGCGGCCAGAAUUCACUUGGAGGCUGCUCUUACUAGCAUCUCUUUCGGGGUUGCUCGGAGCGGCGAUACCAAAUAUUCUCUAUUUGCCGGGUCUGGUUAGGACAUCAGCCACCUUUUCAGCUGCGACCAGCAUAAUUGGCCCGGUGAUCACCUUGGUAUUGGGUUUGGUUUUUAGGAUGGAGACUCUACGGCUGGGAACAAACGAAGGGAGGGCUAAGCUGGUGGGAACGCUUCUUGGUGCCGGUGGAGUCCUUGUGUUUAUAUUCUAUAAAGGUCUUGAGAUUCAUAUCUGGUCAACACACGUUGACUUACUAAAAAACUCGGAUACUGGUCAAUUAUAUAGCCGAGCCGCUACGAACCACCACAUCUCGAUCCCAGGGGUUCUUAUGGUUCUUGGCUGUAACGUUUCCACCUCACUUUGGUUACUAUUGCAGGCAAAAAUAGGCAAGGAGCUUGGAGGACUUUAUUGGAACACAAGUCUGAUGAAUGCGGUGGGAAGUUUUGUGUGUGUGAUUGUAGCUCUUUGUUCGGAUAGCGACUGGAAGCAAUGGCGAUUAGGAUGGAACAUUACCCUCGUAGCUACGCUUUAUUCGGGAAUCGUGGUUUCCGGACUGGUCGUGCCUCUGGUUGCAUGGUGCAUCGCAACAAAAGGACCCUUAUUUGUUACGGUGUUUAGCCCUAUACGGCUUGUUAUCGUAGCCCUGAUCGGAUCAUUUGCUUUAGAGGAAACGCUUCAUUUGGGAAGUAUAAUCGGUGCCAUUAUAAUGGUGGGAGGAGUAUACCUAGUGGUAUGGUGUAAAAUGAAGGAAAAGAAGAAAAGGACUACGGUAUCCGACCAUACUGUAACAAAUAAGAAUGCCAAAGAAAUGAACCUGGGUAGUCUACCAGCUAUAAAUAGAGAUGUCCCUUGAAUCAACCAUAUGUGUUACAUCAUCAUAUAUAAUUUGAGUCUACCAAUAGAAGCAGAGUAUAAAAAUAUGAUCGAUACGUGAAUAUCCAUCCAUAUGAUUGCGUGAAUUGGUGUUAAGUCAGCCAUUGUAGUAUCUCUUUUCAUUUUUCUGCGUGACUUCAAUUUUAAAACACAAUUACAACUUGAUACGUAUUAUUAUACCCCUAAAGUGCUAUUUUAUAUUUCUAGCUUGUUUCA